CCGAGAAUUAAUUCGUUUGAACUGAAAGCAGAGGCCAGAGAGGAGCAAACAGACAACACACAGUUACCACUAAACAGCAGAAUUGCGGGAGGGGUAGAGAAGCUGAGCGAGGUAGAAAUGGUCGCCUCGACCAAAGGACUGAUGAUUUACAAGGUCUACAGGGCGCUAACUCGCGGUCUGUCGCCGCUUCUGCAGCUUCACUUGCGGUGGCGCGUUUUCCGCUGCCUCGAGCACCCGGCGCGGUGGCAAGAGAGGAUUGGCCGGCCUUCUCUCCCCCGGCCGCCUGGUCCUCUCGUCUGGUUUCACGCUGUCUCCCUAGGCGAAGGAAUGGCUGCGAUUCCGGUCGUCAGGCAGUGCGCUCGUCGGCGGCCUGGGUUGAAUAUUCUGAUGACAACGACGACGAUGUCCGCUUUUAAGGUGCUCGAGAAUGAUCUUCCGAGUGGCGUUCUACACCAGUUUUGUCCUGUGGAUACCCCGGCCGUCAUUGAUGCUUUCCUUUGCUACUGGAAGCCAAGUGCAGUUAUCUUAUUGGAGAGUGAGCUUUGGCCGAAUCUGAUCAUGGUAUCUUCAACUAAGGGUAUUCCACUUACAUUAUUGAAUGCUCGGAUGUCUGUGAAGUCCUUCAAAUUUUGGUCAGCAUGGGCGCUUCCAUUGAUAUCAUUAAUGCUAUCCAAGUUUGCUUUGAUUAUCCCAUUGAGUACCACUCAGGCAAUACACUUCCAGCUUCUGCAAGCUCCACCUUCAAUCAUAAAUUUCGCUGGUGAUUUGAAAUAUGGUGAGGGUAUUUCUAUUUCAGUGGUGGAACAUGACAUGUGCAAGAGGAAUAUAGCAAGCACUGAAGAUUUGAAGGAGCAGCUCUCUGAUAGGCAUGUAUGGAUGGCUGCAUCAGUUCAUAGAGAUGAAGAACAAGGUGUGUUCCAAGCUGCACUGGAACUUGAUGUCUUGAUUUCAUAUUCUGAUUCUAGUGAAACUGGUUUGAUUAUAAACUCAAGUAAUUUCUCGUUUAAUGUUUUGUUUUGUUUUGAAAAUGUGCAGGAAUUGCAGAAAGAAGGACUUCAUGUAGCCUUGAGGUCUCGAAAACAAAAGAUCACGGCUAGAGGACUCGUGUACGUGGUCGACACUUUAGGUGAAUUGAGGCAUCUAUAUAGCCUAACUCCAAUAGCUUUAGUUGGAGGUUCCUUCUGUCCUGGUUUCGCUGGCCACAACAUAUCCGAAGCUGCCGCAGCUGGCUGUGCUGUUUUAACUGGUGUUCAUGUCGGACACUUCUCACACAUGAUAAAUGAAAUGCAACGACUGGAUCCUCUUUCAGUUGUGCAGGUGUCUGGAAAGGAAGAACUUCAAGAAGCGCUCUUCCAGCUCUUCAGUGACAGAAAGAUGCUCAAAGCACGACGCAUGGCUUCAAAACAAACGUUUCAUACCCUUUCGAGUGGAAUUCUUGCCAAAGUUUGGAACCUCUUGGAUACCCAUGUCCUUGACAGGAUCUCCAUUAUUGAAGAAAAAAAAAUGAUAGGCGGCAUUCAUCAUAAUUGCAUGGUAAUCAAGCUUUCCGCAAUAGCUACUUGUCCGUCGUCGUCAGCAGUCUGCGUCGUUAAGGAUCGCCGGCAGGUGAGGGCGAUUGGUGGUGUAGGGUUCAGAAGUUUGGAGAGGAGGAUUAUGGGAGCAGCUGGAAGGUUAAAGAGGAAUGUUGUUGUUGUUGAAGGAUUCGAUAGACUGAGGCAUGUUCUGGGACCAGUCUGCAUCACAUUAUCUCCUUCCUCGACCCUGUACCCAUCGCUGAAACCAGUAUCCUCUUCAGGAGGUGGACAUGCUUGUGGCAAGAUCGAUGUACCAGUCCUUCGUUUAAAGAGGCAUCGCUCCAAAUUGGGUUUCAAAUUAGGAACAUUGUAA